UCAUGAGGCGCCGGCCGCUCCGCCGCGGGGAGGAUGAGGGAGGGCGGCCCCGGGGGAGGGCAGCCCGCCGCGCCGCCGCCCCGCUCCGCGCCUGCCCCUCGCUCCCGCCGUGCCCGGAGCGCGGAGGCCGCGCCGGGACUAGGUUGGUACUAAGAAGUGCCUUUCCUGACGUCGCUGCUGCUUGGGACCGCUUCUAGAGCAGCCGCUGCUUUUGCCUUGCUUGCUGCCAGCUAGACUGCGACGACAGCGCUCCGCCGCUGCCAGCCCCGCGCCCGCCGGGAGGAGGGUCCGGCGCUGCUCCCCCGCCGCCGCUGCACUGUGCACUAAAGUGUGCCCCGAAGGUCAGAGCUCUGCUGCCCGAAAGCCAAGGAGAGGAGGAGAAAAAAAAAAAAAACAAACCCCAGCCUAAACCCAGUGUCGGUCGCUGCUCUAAACUGCUGCAUCUGUCUAUGCCAAACUAAUCGAUCCCGAUUGCACCGCAGAGCCCGCUGCGAGCCCGCUGCCUGGAGGCACCUGCCCGCCGCCGUCCCCGGGAGCAGCUCGGGAAGCGCUGCCGAGCCCGCCACGGUCCCAUGCUUGCCCUCCGGACGGGAUGCUGAGCGCGCGGGGCUAGUCCCGGCCACGCUCCGCAGCGCACCUGGCCGCCGCACCUGGCCGCCGCACCUGGCCGCCGCACCUGGCCGCCGCUCCCGGCUGCCCCGAGCCCGCUAACGGCGCCACGCGCUCAACUCUGGUGACACAGCCCUUCCUCGGGAUCGCAGCCACCCCGUUUUACACGUACUUGUUUUAAAAUUAGGGAGCGGGGGAAAAAUAGUGUUCUGGAGGUGGCACUUUCGUAAUUUCCAGUUUAUCAGUUCAGACACUUGUUUGCCCGUUUUUAUUGGAAAUUUUAACUACCUGUAAAAUCUAAAGAUGGCUGUUAGCGUCACACCGAUCCGGGACACAAAAUGGCUAACGCUGGAAGUGUGUAGGGAGUUCCAAAGGGGGACUUGCUCACGACCAGACACGGAAUGUAAAUUUGCACACCCAUCGAAAAGCUGCCAAGUUGAAAACGGACGCGUAAUCGCCUGCUUUGACUCAUUGAAAGGUCGAUGCUCAAGGGAAAACUGCAAAUAUCUUCACCCCCCACCACACUUAAAAACACAGCUGGAGAUCAAUGGCCGCAAUAACCUGAUCCAGCAGAAGAACAUGGCCAUGCUGGCCCAGCAGAUGCAGCUGGCCAAUGCCAUGAUGCCUGGAGCCCCACUGCAGCCUGUGCCCAUGUUCUCUGUCGCUCCCAGCUUGGCCACCAACGCCUCAGCCGCCUUCAACCCCUACCUGGGCCCCGUGUCCCCAGGCCUGGUCCCUGCUGAGAUCCUGCCCACGGCCCCCAUGCUGGUGACAGGCAGCCCCGGCGUGCCCGUCCCCGCCGCCGCCGCCGCGCAGAAGCUGAUGAGGACAGACAGGCUGGAGGUGUGUCGAGAGUACCAGCGUGGGAACUGCAACAGGGGGGAGAACGACUGCCGGUUCGCUCACCCCGCCGACAGCGCCAUGAUCGACACCAACGACAACACCGUCACCGUCUGCAUGGAUUACAUCAAGGGGAGGUGCUCCCGGGAAAAGUGCAAAUAUUUCCACCCUCCUGCACACCUGCAAGCCAAGAUCAAGGCUGCCCAGUACCAGGUUAACCAAGCUGCAGCUGCCCAAGCAGCAGCAACUGCAGCUGCCAUGACUCAGUCGGCUGUCAAAUCACUGAAGCGACCCCUCGAGGCAACCUUUGACCUGGGAAUUCCUCAAGCUGUACUUCCCCCCUUACCAAAGAGGCCUGCGCUUGAAAAAACCAAUGGUGCCACCGCAGUCUUUAACACUGGUAUCUUCCAAUACCAGCAAGCUCUUGCCAACAUGCAGCUACAGCAGCACACAGCCUUUCUCCCACCAGGCUCAAUAUUGUGCAUGACACCCGCUACAAGUGUUGUUCCCAUGGUGCACGGUGCUACGCCAGCCACUGUGUCUGCAGCAACAACAUCUGCCACAAGUGUUCCCUUCGCUGCAACAGCCACAGCCAACCAGAUUCCCAUAAUAUCUGCCGAACAUCUGACUAGCCACAAGUAUGUUACACAGAUGUAGACAUUUGGGCAUCAAACAAUGGAGUCGAGGCGGAGAGGCCGGAUUUGGGUGGGAAGAGGCCGAGCUCAUUAGCCAUAGUGUAUGUAAAUACUGUCCAGCAGCACUGGGAACCCCUCAGCAGUGACAUCACACAUUGCAUGUUAACGAGACGAAGCGAGGCCGUGGGACUCACUGCACACUGUUGCCUAUCUACUUUGUACAUUGAAUUGAUAUUUGUGCUGAGGUGAUCUUAUUGUCUAAGCCUGCAGCAUCGUCUGCCUUUCCUGCGGGGCAGCAGGGGCUGCUCCUCACCCCGACGUCACGGAAGGACCGACGAUGCUGUCCCACAGAUUAUUAUGUAUUGGUACGUCUGUAGACCAAGAUAUAAUUUUUUAAAGUAAGUUUAUUUCUUUCAAGGUUUACAAAUAACAAAGGUGCACCUUGUAUUUAAAAUUGCCAUUAUAGACGAGAGCGUGCAUGCACAGUAAUUUUUGUUUAAGAGUAAUAUUUUUAAUGUAAUAGAUUGUAAGAAAUGAGAAGAGAGGAAUCUGACAGAGAUGAAUGUGCCAAGCAAAACCACAACUGUGUAUAUUUUAAAGCACAUCAAUGGCUUUAAGUACCACGUUGUUAAGGAUUCUCAUGAAGUGCCAUAGACUGUACAUCCAUCAGAGUAUUAUUUCUGCAGUGUUAUUUUCAGAACCACGUUUUCACUGACUUGAUGAGUACUGAUCAGUCAAAGGGCACCGUUCUGUUUCAAACCAAAGCUGUCUCAGAAAUGGCCAAUUGCUCCUCCCAGCCAGUGGCAGCACCAGAGGGAUGCUCCAGCUGUGCAUGGCCCUUAUGGACAAUGUUAUCUCUAAACUCUCCGAGGCGGUGGAUGUCAUAUUUAUGCAUUUUUACUGUGAGGUGAGCUGCAAAAGGGAAAAGCCAUUUCUGAGACACAGUCACAAACGUUGGAGGAACUUCUUUUGCUCUAUUUAUAGCCUCUGUCACCAGUCACAAGGACUAUAAAUGUUUUGCAGAGAUGGGUUUCACUUUAAUUCAUCAAGUCCCGCGUCCGCGGCGACUCUAAACAAAGACAGAAGCACUGACAGCAGAUGCAUGACAAACCAAAAUAGGACAAAUGAGAUGUUAAUUAGUGUAGAAAUCGGGUGGGUUAAUACUCGGGUGAGUUUUAUAUGUGAUUUUUUUUUGUUCAGAUUAACUGCUUAUAGCCUUAGAAAGCCUUUACAAAAUAAAAACAAACAAAUAGAUGUGCAUUCAAGUUUUAAGAAUGAAUUCAUCCAAAGGAAUUCCUUUUUGUGGUUUGGAUGUUGCAGCCAGUAAAGGAUAUUUUUGCUCUGUCCAGCCAGGGGCUCCCUGGGGCCAGGCCCCGGGUGGGCAGGAGGGAGAGGAGCGGGUUGGGCCGAGCUCGCCGUACUCCGAGUUCACUGCGGGUUUUUCUGCUUGAGAGAUGCUCUAGAGAGAAGAAUGAUGUGUUGAUUUUCCUGAUUGUACUGUACAUCUAUUAAAGCCUUAGAUUAUUACAUUACGGGUUCAAACCCAUACCAAUGUAAUUUCAAUCGUGUUAAGAAAGUAUAGGUGACUUCACAUGUUAUUGUAGUGACUUACCAUAGAGAAUUUACUUAUUUUUUUCUUGUUAAAAGUGUAGUUUUUAUUUCUUACAUUUAUUAGCUCGUUUUCAUUUUCUAUUACCAGUUGAUACCAUUUCAGUUCAUAGAAUUUUGUUUUACUAGAGUUUACUGAUGACUUUUUCAAAAUACAAAAAAAAAAAAAAGUAGUUUUCUUCAUAACAUACUCAGUUUGGAAUCUACAUGUAGUGUCUUAUGAGUAUUCGUAUUAUUGUUAACUAAAUGAUUUCUAUUUUACUGAUCUAAUAUGACAAUGUAAGAAUGUCAGUCAUUGUUAGUUCUUGUCUAGUUUUCAUUAAAAGAACAAAGAUCUUUUAUAUGGAUAUCUUAUAAUUAUAUAAUCAUUGCUAAGUAAGAAGUUAAGUUGUUGCUAUGGCAACAAUCCUGGCAGACAAUUGAGUAAUAUUUUGAUGAUUUAUUUUGUUUGUAAUUAGUUAUUAUGAGAAAAAAAAAUCUAGUUCCUAGAUAUUAGAAUAAAAUUUAUUUUCUACUGUAUCCAUUUCAAAUGUUAAAAUAUUGUUUAAAUAUUUUUUGAAAUCCCUGAAUAUCAGGCCUUGUUAUAAAUAAGCUGCAUAAUCAAUAGAUCAAGGGACUUUUUGUUGAUAAUCCAAAUACUCAAAGUUUACGUAACAAGAAUUCUAGUGUGUGUGUGCAAACUCUUGAGGGUUGAUUAUGCUGCAGUUGGGACGUCGAGAGCGAAGGUUGACUUUUUGCACUUCUGUAUAUAGUCAAAAAAGAGAGAAACCUGUAUAAUAGUAAGAUCUUAUUUUGAAUAAAAAUGUCUAUAAUUACAAGGAGUUUUGUUAAGGCUAAAUAAAAUGACAGGCUGAACAAAAUUGCUUGCAAAAGUGGCACAGAGUUAGCACUCCAUCCCCCUUCCAAAAAGUUGCUUUGCUUUAUGUGGACAGCUUGUAGUUUGCCAGGAUUUUUUCAGCUGGAAAGAUCUGCCAUCCUUCUGAGAUCUCAUGACUGACAGAAGCUCCACUGGGUCAAAUCUGCCUGAAAAAUCAUUAAGGAAAAAAAAAAAAGGAAAAAAUAAAGAAAAAAAAAUUAAAAAAAAAAAAAAAAAAAAAAAAAAAAAAAAAAAAAAGCAGGUACUUCAGCCCAUCCAGGGAAUCAUGGCUCAGAUAUUCCGUACAUUAUUCAAAAUCUACUGCAUGUUUAAAGUAUCAAAAUAUAUUAAAGAUAUAUGCUAUUCAAACCAGUUUCUGACAAUUUCAGUGGUUUCUUGUUCACAAAAAAAAAAAGAUUCUUCCAAACAAAUACUGACGUUCACAGAGUUCAACCAUGGACAGGCAAACGGAACCGCGCCCGUAGCUGCAGGGUCGGGGGUUGUUUUCUCGCUGUGGGGAUCCUGUUCUUUCGGCAGGUGAAAAAGCACCUGGGGCUCUCCCUUCCCGGGAACCUGCGGUGCCAGGCUGGGAGCAGGCCGGGGCUGCGGCCAUCAGUGCUGAAAGGGUUAACGAGCGCUGUCGCGCCGGCCCCGCUCAGGGUUUGCUCCUGCGGAACCACAGACUUGCGCUUGUAGUGCUCCAGUUACGUGCUCUGUCCUGGGCUGCCAUUUGGGUUUAUGCUUCUUUUAUUCUUACUGCUAUAGUUGACCUUGCUGUAUGGAAAAAAUAAAGUGAGAUUGCCCUAAUAAAA